CAGCAUGGCCCAAACAGAGAAGAAGGGUGGACUGCUCMGGAAAUCUUCAGCCUCCAAGAAGCCACUGAAAGAGAAGGUUGUGUUGAUGUACGAUGAGAUUUUCACGACAGAAGACCCCAGUAAAUGCAACCCCAGGUUUUGGGAAGAGCUGUUUCUCAUGAAGGUUAAUUUGGAAUAYCUAGAAGGCAAGCUAGAGGCCCUGGAUGGGGAAGAGUUAAUGAAGAUAAAAGAUAACAUCAACUGCUUGUUCCAGCACUGCAUCCAGGCCCUGGGUGAGGAGCACCCGAUCAGAGUGGUCAAUGCACUACAGACUUUGUGUGCAUUGAUUCGGGGUGUCCAUCAGAAGAACAAAUCCACCUCGGGGUUUGACAUAAUCAACAUGCUUGUGGGUUUUGAUAAGGCAGAGCUCUGCAUGAAGAAUUUGAUGGAGAGUUUGGACUCGCUGCUCUGUGCAGAAGGUUCUGAAAGUCUCAAAAGUUUGUGUCUGAAGCUACUUCUCUGCUUGGUGACAGUGACAGAUAACAUUAGCCAGAACACCAUCCUGGAGUAUGUGAUGAUUAACAGCAUCUUUGAAGCUAUUUUACAGAUUCUGUCCAGCCCACUUAGUCGCAGGGAACAUGGCUAUGAUGCUGUUGUCCUCCUUGCCUUGUUGGUCAACUACAGAAAGUAUGAGUCAGUGAAUCCCUACAUUGUGAAGCUUUCCAUUGUCGAUGAUGAGCCCACGCUUAAUGGAAUGGGGCUUGUUAUUGCCCAGGCUUUAUCAGAGUACAACAGGCAGUACAAAGAUAAGGAAGAGGAGCACCAGAGUGGCUUUUUCUCAGCUAUAACCAAUAUGGUGGGCAGCAUGUUCAUAGCAGAUGCCGAUGAGAAGAUCUCAGUCCAAACAAAUGAAGCAAUCCUUCUGGCUCUCUAUGAAGCUGUUCACUUAAACAGAAACUUCAUCACAGUCUUAGCACAGAGCCAUCCUGAGAUGGGGCUGAUGACAGCACCGACCAGCCCAGUUCCAACAACACCCGUCACUCCGCUUGGAACCACCCCGCCUUCCUCAGAUGUUAUAAGUUCUGCAGAGCUGCCUUUGGAUGCUGAUGUACAAACCAGCAACCUGCUGAUAACCUUCUUGAAGUACAGCUCAAUUGUGAUGCAGGACACAAAAGAUGAGCACCGACUGCACAGUGGCAAGCUGUGUCUGAUUAUCCUGACAUGCAUAGCAGAGGAUCAGUACGCUAAUGCUUUCUUGCAUGAUGACAACAUGAAUUUUCGAGUAAACCUACAUAGGAUGCCAAUGAGACACAGGAAGAAGGCAGCAGACAAGAACCUGCCCUGUCGCCCGCUGGUGUGUGCAGUGCUGGAUUUGAUGGUGGAGUUCAUUGUAACACACAUGAUGAAAGAAUUUCCGAUGGAUCUCUAUGUGCGGUGCAUUCAGAUUGUGCACAAGCUGCUGUGCUACCAGAAGAAAUGCAGAGUGAGGCUUCAUUACACCUGGAGGGAGCUCUGGUCAGCUUUGAUCAACUUGUUGAAAUUCCUCAUGUCUAAUGAGACUGUUUUGCUGGCCAAACACAACAUCUUUAUCCUGGCUCUUAUGGUCGUGAACCUCUUCAACAUGUUCAUCACUUAUGGAGACACCUUCCUCCCCACUCCCAGCAGCUAUGAUGAGCUGUAUUAUGAAAUCAUUCGGAUGCAUCAGAAUUUUGACAACCUUUAUUCCAUGGUUCUAAGGCUUUCUACCAAUGCUGGUCAGUGGAAGGAGCCUGCAAGCAAGGUGACCCAUGCAUUAGUCAAUAUUAGAGCCAUCAUCAAUCACUUCAACCCRAAGAUAGAGUCUUAUGCUGCGGUGAAUCACAUAUCACAGCUCUCCGAGGAUCAGGGCCUUUCCCUGCACUUUGGGAAAGAGAGUCCAGAGUCCCCAAGAGAGAGAUGGGCUGUUUGUACCAAGUGCUCYGUGCAGAUUAGCGUGGGACCACUCACCAUCGUUGAAACUGAGAAGAGCAGACAGGUCUGGAGGGAAAGCAAUGCCAGGUUUUGGAAGUGGUGCGAUCCAACUAUGACACGCUGACUCUGAAGCUGCAGGAUGGGCUGGACCAGUACGAGCGCUACUCAGAACA